UUUCCCUUUCUCUGUGCGGCUGACAGACUGGUCUCAUGAGGCAAGAUUAAAACAAAACAAAUCCUCCAACUCCUGCCAGGGAUGGCUUCUGAAACCUCCCCCGAUGAACACCACCUACUCGAAUUCCAUCGCACUGUCGACCUGGACCUGGACCUCAACACCACACUGCCCCCGAUCGACGAGGAUGGCGAAAUGGGGAUCAAGCCUGCUGUCAGUUCCACCCCCAUUUCAAGCCCCGACAUCGACUCUGCCCCGCAGCGCCGUGGCACAAGUGUGACUGAACUCGAACCCCACGACGUCUAUCAAUUGAUGAACUGCCCCUCGCAUGAGCCGGUCAUUGAACGCUGUUGCUCGUGGUUCUUCGCAACUGUCAUCGUCCUCUCCACUUACACCACCCUCCUCUCGGGCCUGUUCCUCAUCAUCGCGUGUCUGAAACCAUACUAUGGCAACCUCGUGGGUGACACGGGUGGACUGGCGCCUUCCUCGGCGACUCUACUCAGUGCCUUCUUCGCGAAAACCAUCGAACUGUCCUAUGUGACAGUGAGUGUGGCAUUCGUGGGCCAGCUGCUCAGUCGCAGAGCUUUGCGUCGAGGGUCACAGGGCAUCAGCAUAUCCGAUAUGAGUCUACGCAUGUGGAUCACGCAGCCGGGGUCUCUGUUCAUGCAAUGGGAAACUUUGCGCUACUCCGGAGGGACACUGUUGGGCAUCAUUGCGCUGAUUGCAACCCUCGUCUCGAUGCUUUACACGACGGCUGCGGAAGCACUUGUGUCUCCCAAGUCAGCUAUGGGCCCUGUGUACGAACGACUACUCUAUGGCAACGUAUCCACCCAAUUCGCGAAUCCGACGUAUCUCGAAGCGCAAUGUGACACUCCCAUCACCGCCACCAUCGAUCCGUCCGCCAGUCGGAACGAGACUUGUGUGUCCAUGGAGAUCGUCGGUCGGGCUUACCACGACUUUGAGCAAUACAUGGAGCAAUGGAGUGGGUUAGCGCAGGCGAACAAUGCCACCUCGACCUCAUUGACCACCCGUCUCAGGCCCCAUGGGUCGCUGUACGAUAACACCACCGUGACGGGAAGCUGGAUCGAGGUUACCGACAUGAAAGCCACCUCUGAGAGAUUCAAACGCAUGGUCAACAAUGUCACCGCGGCGUUCCCGCAUGGUGGCUUGUAUGACGCGGCGCGCAACCCUCGAAAUGGUAUCAGGCAGCCAAAUGAUGUCACCGGCGACGGGAAAUAUAUCCUUCAAGCUUCUGUACCGGCCCCAGCUAUCAAUGUCUUGUGUGCAGGCCUGUCGAAAGAAGAGCUGGUGCCCAUGAUUUACACAGAGUGGCCCAAUCACGAGCCGUUCAACGCAACUAGCUGGUACACCAAGGCUCCGACAUACUAUCAGAACACGAAUAAAACGGUGGUGGAUGAAGUCUUCGGAUUUGGGCCAGGCACAGAUCAACUGACUCCCGUCUUUCCCAUAUAUCCAACAGAGUUCAACACCAUCUUCAACGCCAAGGUCGAGAACUCAUCUGCCCUCUACCUGUUGGGUACCACGCCUGUCGGUCAUAACCCGGCCUACGUGCUUUGUGCACUGAAAGCCAAGCAAUCGGGUUUAUGCUCAGCUCAGUACCAGGUGGACUCGAGUGGCGCGGAGUUGAGCACGCGCUGUGAAGAUCCAAAAGAUGAGCUGCAGUACAGUCGGCGCGUCCCGGAUGUUUCGGAAGACUAUUACGAGAUUAACUGGAAGAGUGUCGGGUGGCUGUGGCUGGAUGCAGUCAGCCUAGGAUCUGGGAUUGCAGGCGAAGAUGCCAGCAUCGAACGACUCUUGAUGCAAAUGGUUCCUGCCUACGACAACAGCAGCAACACCGCUUCCCUCAACGCCAAUCUGCCUUCCAUCGCCGAAGCUAUGGCGGUCUUGACCAGCGUCACCCUCAUGAUCAGUAGUCAAGACGCUCCUUACGUCCCAUUCUGGAACUACAGUGCCCCGAUUCUGUCGCCUCCAGUGCAGCAGGUGUUCAACGCUACACUCCAGUCUUCCGGAUAUGCCUCCGGCAAUGCCGUCGCCUGGCAGAAAAGCUUCUACGUGGUCCUUGUCCUGGCAUUCCUCACCAGUGUUCUCUUCAUGGCGUUCUUCAUGGUCGAGGUCCGCGGUCGCCUACUCAAUGACUUCACCGAGCCAUCCAGCAUGUUCUCCCUGGCUAUCAACAGCCCUCCCACCGCACGGCUGCAGGGCGCAUGCGGGGGAGGCCCAUCUGGUCGACAACUGCAGGAUCGAUGGCACGUGGGCAUGGUGGAAGACAGCCACCACUACUACAUCCGACCCAUUGCUGACGGGGAGUUCGUUCCGCCUGACCCGGGUUCUGAUGACGAGACCGGAAAGGGAGGGGGAGCCCAUCUCGCCGUUCAUGAGUACCGCAGCGUUUCGCGUGGAGCCGCCAGCCCGAUGUCAUUUCUGUAUUGACCCCAACCACCAGCAUGGCCAAGUCAAUGAUAUUCACACGCCUGUUGGAUUUAGAUUAAUGUAAUACUCAGCAAGGGGAAUGAUAAUGAUCAGUUCA